CGCAGAACCGACCGGACGCUCCGCGUAUAAAAGCGGCUGCGCUCAUACAGGCGGAGUACCACAUCAAGAGAACACUCACUGCGGAUCAUCAACUAAAACAAAACCGCGCGCACACUACGGCAGGAUGUGGUCGACGAGGAGCGGGUUCUCCUGGAGACUUUUUCUUUUCUCCUGCGUGUUUCUGGAGAGUUUAUCCCAAGACUUUGUUGGACAGACACAGUUCAUAUGCACAUCCGUGCCUAAGGAUGUGGACAUUUGCGCGGCCACACUACAGAACAGUGUACCGGGGGAGGACUUGAAAACGACCGUGAUGCAGCUGCGGGAGACCGUGCUGCAGCAGAAGGAGACGAUCAUCAACCAAAAGGAGACAAUACGGGAGCUGACCUCGAAGUUGGCCAGGUGCGAGAGUCAGAGCGGCGGCGUGGAGCCCGGGGACGCGCGGCCCGGGGGCAGAAGGAAAGAAGCGGGGACCAAAAACACAAUGGGGGACGUCUCUAGAGGCCCCGCGGAGACUUUGACGCAGCUCUCUCAGACUUUACAGUCACUGAAGCAGAGAUUAGAGAAUCUAGAGCAAUUCAGCAGGAGCAACAACUCGGUGCAGAACAACAGCCUGAAGGACCUGCUUCAAAGUAAAAUCGAUGAUUUGGAGAAGCAGGUGUUGUCCCGGGUAAACAGCAUCGAAGAAGGAAAGCCUGGUCUCAGGAAUGAGACUGAGCAGCGUGGGAGAGUAGAGUCCACACUCACCUCUCUACACCAAAGGAUCACAGAUCUAGAAAAAGGUCAGAGAGAAAACAGGCCUUUGGAUAAAUUUCAGCUCACAUUCCCUCUGAGGACCAACUACAUGUAUGCAAAAGUGAAGAAAAGCUUGCCUGAAAUGUACGCCCUGACUGUUUGCAUGUGGCUAAAGUCCAAUGCAUCACCUGGAGUAGGAACACCUUUCUCCUAUGCAGUCCCAGGUCAGGCCAACGAGUUGGUCCUCAUAGAGUGGGGAAAUAACCCGAUGGAGAUACUGAUCAAUGACAAGGUUGCAAAACUGCCUUUUCUCAUCAAUGACGGAAAGUGGCACCAUAUCUGUGUGACCUGGACUACUCGGGAUGGGGUUUGGGAAGCUUACCAGGAUGGUGUCAAAAGAGGGAGUGGAGAGAAUCUGGCUCCGUAUCAUCCAAUCAAACCCCAGGGAUUACUAAUCCUUGGCCAAGAACAGGACACCUAUGGUGGGGGAUUCGACGCCACACAAGCCUUUGUUGGGGACCUGGCCAAUUUCCACAUCUGGGAUCGGAAGCUGUCCGUGGGGGAGAUUUAUAAUUUGGCCACCUGCAGCAGCAAAGCUCAAGUGGGCAACGUGUUUGCAUGGAUGGAGACGAGCCUGGAUAUUUAUGGCGGUGCCUCGAAAUGGACAUUUGAAGCUUGUCGUCAGCUCAACUGAACUGACCUGUAAACGAAGAAAACAUUUGCAAAUGCCAUUUUUGCCACGGUGUCAGCCAACUUAAAGGAUCAGGAUAAGACUCUUUCAGUGAACAGCUUCUGGGAUUUUUAUAGGUCUUUUCAAAACUUUAUUUGUGGAAGAUUUGAUAGGUUUUUACUAGAAUCUUGUGUGGGAGGAGGUCACUGAAGAGUUCAACCUUGGCAUCCUGCAGUGCUUGAUUGUACAUGUGGUUAUAUUUGGAAAAAGCUACUGAUGGCACUUCUGAAAGGAAGGGGUCGCUCUGUAAGAGCAAAAAAAUAACAGGCCGGGUUGAAGCGUGCUGCAGGGAAGUCAUGUAGGGUUUUGAAAACUGAUGUCACAGAACUUGAAGAAAACUAAUGAAUUCUUCAGCAGUCUUUCCUGUCUUGACUGCCAGGGAUUUGCACUGUGGAAAACACGCAGGUGGACUUAUUUAAAAGCAAAGCUUUGCUUUUGGAGACCAUGAAAAACACAAAACUGUUUCUUGAUCACUCUCCUUUCUCUAAAACCACCCCGCUUGGCGUGAUUUUUGUGCAAAGACUCUGAUAUCUUCAUUGCCAACGUAAGAGCCUGAGUGCCUUGGGUUGUUGAAGAGACAUGUCAGCACAUUCAUUAUCAUUUGCAGAGUGUUUGUGUUUAUUCUCCUGUAAACUGAUUUUUUUUUUUAAGCAGUCUUUGUUGUAACACUUUAAAAUGCAGUUGGACCAGAUUGUGUGCUGUGAAAUGCAAUUUGUUUCGCAUCUCUUUCCGGUUGAGUGGGAAUGUUCCCCUGUACAGUAACAAGCAUGUCUUAACUUCUGCGAUGCUGCGUCAUCAUCUCUAAUCUUUGCUUUUACUGUCCUUACCUUUGAGUUGAGCUUUUAUACUGUAUUGUUAUAGGCUUAAAGCAUGGCGACAAUGACGGAUGGAAAAAAAAAAGUUCUAGUUUUUGUAACAAAUUGUGAUACUUGAACCAUAGGCAGGUGUAUAUAUAAUUAUUUUUGCACAUGUUGGGUAUGCCGUAUGAGUUGACCAAAUGUGACACUGUCAAAGUUCAUUUUGGCUCGCAGUUGGUGCAAAAUGCUGGUCAAAAUAAAGUCGUCGAUGACACAAAGGUUA